AUGGGGGAGCGGUAUAAAAUGCUUCACCACGCCCUCAGGAUCAUCGACUGGGCUCUCAUACUGUCAUACAAGACCGCAUGUGCAUUUAUUUCAAUAUUUCAGAAUUCUGAGAUUGAGAGUGUCACGACGAUGGAUCUCCCCAAAGAUGCCGAUCAAGGGAUCAAGAUCUCUGCAGAACAUUCGGAGUUCUCUCCCAAUGUCUCCCCUUCAUACAAGAUUCGAAGCGUUACUUGGUGGAAGCAUCCUGGUUUACGCAAGUUAUAUGCCAUGAUGCCUAUUCUGUUCCUCGGUGAGUCUUCCGAGAUAUCUGCAGUGCAACCUGUUUCCAUGCUUACAAUGGUGCAAUGGGCAGGCUCAACGAUCAACGGGUAUGAUGGGUCGCUCUUGAACGGCUUGCAGACCAUGACACCUUGGCAGGAUUACUUUGGCAAUCCGACUGGAUCUACGCUGGGCCUCUUCACGGCAAUUCAGAAUAUCGGCGGUGUUUGUGCUUUGUUCUUCUCUUCCUAUGUUGCUGAUCUGCUGGGACGAAGGGUCGGAGUGGCGGUGGGUAUCAUGGUCGUCUUUGUCGGGACCAUUAUCCAGGUGGUACCCUCCGUCGACCGAGGAAUGUUUAUUGCUGGAAGAUUCCUAGUUGGUCUCGGAUCAAAUAUCAGCCAGGGGUCAGCCCCUCUGCUCAUAACGGAGCUCGCACAUCCUCAGCAUCGAGGCACUCUAACAACCAUGUAUAACACUCUAUGGUAUGUUGGCUCCAUCGUUGCGGCUUGGACUGUUUUUGGGACGAUCAAAUAUACUUCGGAGGCAUCAUGGAGGAUCCCGGUUGCAUUGCAAGCGGCCAUGCCCGCUAUUCAAUUCGUAGGAAUCUGGUUUUUGCCCGAAAGUCCUCGUUGGCUGUGCGCCAAAGAUCGAGAGGAUGAGGCCUUCAACAUACUCGUCAAGUACCAUGGCGAUGGGGAUCGGUCAGACGGCUUCUGUGAUUUUGAAUUCCAUGAAAUUCAGAAUACCCUCCGUCUCGAGAAGGAGAAUUCCCAUGAUGGCUGGCAGGUCCUCAUCAAGACGCCUGGGAACCGUAAGAGACUUCUGCUUAUUGCGUUGGUGUCCUUCUUCUCCCAAUGCUCUGGCAACGGACUUGUCUCUUAUUACCUUCACUCCAUCUUAAACUCCGUGGGAAUUACGUCCUCUUACGACCAGGCCGUGAUCAACGGUGGUCUGCAGGUGUGGUCGUUCCUCGUUGCCAUCGGGUUUUCGUCCUUCCUGGUAGAUGUUCUGGGCCGACGCAAGCUUUUCAUGAUUGCCGCUGUAGGAAUGCUGGUCAGCUUCAGUAUCUGGACUGGAUGUUCCGCUGCCUAUGCCGAGAGCGGUGAUACCGGGGCUGGAAGCGCGGUAAUUGCCAUGAUUUUCCUGUUUUAUGGAGUUGCGGGCUUCGCAUGGCCCGGGCUGACUGUCGCCUACUGCGCCGAGAUCCUGCCUUUCAACAUUCGAGCCAAGGGGCUUGCGGUGAAUUUUGCCCUGACCGCAUCGGCAUCCGUCUUCAAUCAGUAUGUUAAUCCUAUCGGACUGGAGAGGCUGCAGUGGCGAUUCUACUUCGUUUACAUCGCCAUUCUGGUGAUUGAAUGCCUGUGUGUCUGGUUCCUGUUUGUGGAAACCAAGGGUCCGACCUUGGAGGAGAUAGCUGCCCUUUUCGAUGGAGACAAAGCCAACGUGCCCCAUGCAGAGGAGUUGGGUUUCCAGCAGAAGAUUGCAGAGACGGAGCGAGUGCACUAG